AUGGCUGGCUCACUGCUACAGAACCCCAGCCCUUCUCUGGACACCUUUCUACAGCCACUUCGCGUCGAUGGAGACCGCGUCUUCGCCUUGUCUCGCGGCUUUGCCUCCACUUUCGCUCACCUUGCUGCCGAUUCUCUGGACCAAUUCCUGUCAACGCCCAUAACCGAGUCCAUACUACUGCCGCCUAGAAAACGACAGCAGGGCACAUAUCUUGCCAUUGACAUUGGCGGAACAAAUUUGCGGGUAGGCUUCAUCGAGCUGGGUGGCGGUCAGACUCUCUCCCAUGAUGGCGAGCUAGCAUCAGAUGGACCAAGUUCGCCAGCGUUGCGGCGGCUGCACGAACGAAACUGGCCCAUCCAGGAACACCUCAAGAGCCAAAAUGCCGACAGCCUCUUCAAGUGGAUCGGCGGCUGCAUUGCGGCAGUUGUGCGCGACGGGACUGCAAGCUUCGGCCUGCCGGCAGACGAAGCAUUGCCGAUGGGGGUCACCUUCAGCUUUCCCAUGGAGCAGGAGUCGCUGUCUGAGGCCAAGCUGAUGGCCAUGGGCAAGGGAUUUGCCAUGACGCCCAAGCUCGACCUGGGUUCGCAUCUGAUCCGAGGGUACGAGAUAGCCCAAGCAGAAAGUGCUGCGAAAGACAGUUGCUCGCUAGUCCUGCCCCCCAUCACCGUUGCUGCCAUCACCAACGAUGCUGUAGCGACGCUGGUUUCCUUUGUCUACGAGGUCCAGGCACGUCGGGCGCAAGGCAACCAGAAGGCGGCCAUGGGCCUCAUCUGCGGAACGGGCAGCAACGCGACGCUCCUGCUAAAGCGCAGCCUGCUGCACCCGUCCAAAUUGCCCGAGAGGGUAAACGGGGACGACGACAUGAGGAUCGCCGUCAACACCGAGUGGAGCAUCAACGGAUCGGAGGGCGCGAUGAGGGCCGUGGGCUUUGUGAGCCGCUGGGACGACCAGCUGAGCCAGACGGUCGAGGCGCCAGGUUUCCAGCCGCUGGAGUACAUGACGGCCGGUCGCUACCUGGGCGAGCUGGGUCGCAUCAUGCUGGUGGACUACGUAACGAGCGUUCUGGGGUUGCCAGAGGACGCGCUGCCGGCAAAGUUCCUGCGGCGCUUCGAUCCUCGCAAGACGACCUUUCUGAGCCACUACCGGCCGGGGAAGCGGCAGUCGCUGCUGGCGAUGCUGGAGGCCGAGUUUCCGGUCGAGGAGCUGCCGAGCGGACGCCCGCCAUUCCAGUGGACUGGCGAGAUCGCCGCGGCACUCUACCACAUUGCCAAGGCCAUCGAGACGCGGGCCGCAGCUGUCAUCGCCGCGGCCACGAUCGGCCUGCUCGACUGUGCCGGAGAAUUGCCGGCCGCGUCGUCGGGAUCGGCACCGCUCGAGCUGGUCGUUGGCUACACCGGAGGUUGCAUCACCAACUUCCAGGACUACCUGGUCGACUGCCAGGCCUUUCUCGACGACAUUGUGGCCCAGCGAUACAGCAGCCAGCUGCCAGCGCCGCCUUCGGUGCGAGUGGUCUUGAGUCCCUGUCAUGACGGAGGCAUUAAGGGUGCCGGGAUACUUGUGCCUGCCUCGCUGGCAAGCCAGGGGCGCGUGUAUGGGUCCUGA